CUUAAUAUUUAGAACCUUAAAAUCCAUGGCGAGCAAGCUCAAAAGGGCCAUCGGCCGUGUUAAAGACCAGACUAGCAUCGGCCUCGCCAAAGUCGGCGGCAGCACGUUACUUUCCGAUCUCGACGUAGCCAUCGUCAAGGCGACGAGACACGAGGAGUACCCCGCCGACGAGCGACACAUCCGAGAAAUACUCUCAUUGACGUCGAGUUCGAGGGCCUAUGUCAGCGCGUGCGUUAACUCCCUCUCGAGACGUCUCAACAAGACCAAGAACUGGACCGUGGCGUUGAAGACGCUCGUGUUGAUCCACCGUCUUCUUGCCGAGGGCGAUCCGGCGUACGAGCAAGAGAUCUUCUUCUCGACGAGGCGCGGGACUCGGAUUCUCAACAUGUCCGACUUCCGCGACACCUCGCGGUCCAACUCGUGGGAUUUCUCCGCGUUCGUGAGGACCUACGCUUUGUACCUCGACGAGAGCCUGGAAUUCAAGAUGCAGGGGAAGAACGCGAAGCGGAAUAUGUAUAAAUACGACGAAGAAUUCGGGGAAGAAAAUAACGAUAAGGCGGUCGUCAUUCGAUCCACUCCGGUCCACGAGCUGAAAACCGAGCAAUUAUUCCAAAGAAUGCAACAAUUGCAGCAGAUUCUUGAACGUUUCUUAGCUUGUCGACCAACAGGUGAAGCCAAAUGUAACAGGGUGGUCACGGUGGCGCUUUAUCCGAUCCUGAAAGAGAGUUUCCAGAUAUAUUACGACAUGGCGGAAACAAUGGGAGCUUUGAUCGACCGUUUCAUGGACGUUGACAUGUCGGAUACCAUGAAAAUCUACGACAUUUUUUGCCGACAAAGCCAGCAAUUCGAUGAGCUCGAUGCUUUCUAUUCGUGGUGUCGGACUUUCGGCGUCGCACGCCCGUCGGAGUUCCCCGAGAUCGAGAAGAUCACCCAAAAGAAACUCGACCUCCUGGAUGAGUUGAUUCGCGACAAAUUGGCUUUGGAGCAAGGAAACACAAGUAAAGAGGAACCAAUGGAAGUACAUGAGGAAAUCAAAGAAACCGAACCUGAAGAAGAUAUUAACGCGGUUAAAGCAUUACCACCACCGGAAAAUCUCUUCGAAGAAGAACUGGAGAAGAAAGAUGACGAUGAUAACUCUAAAGCUAUAAUUGUGCAACUAGAGGCAGACUUGUUGAACUUAGGGGAGGAAGCGAUUUCGAGUGAAGACCACGCCAAUAAAUUGGCAUUAGCAUUGUUUGACGGCCUUGCACCGGCCGUUCCGUUGCCGGGACCGAGAUGGGAAGAUUUGAUCAAAGACGAGACCGAUUGGGAAAUUGCACUCGUUCAAUCCGUGAGUAGCUUAAAUAAUCGAAAGGCGGAACUCGGCGGCGGUUUCGACAAGUUGUUGCUCGACGGAAUGUACCAAAAGGGCCAAACAAUGGCGGCGAUGCAAAGUUGUGCAGCAACCGGAAGUGCAAGCAGCGUCGCGUUCGGAUCAGCCGGAAGACCAGCAAUGCUAGCACUGCCGGCACCGCCUUCAUCGAACGGUUGUGAUAAGAACAAUAAUGGAUCGAUGCAGGUCGAUCCCUUCGCGGCGUCACUCUCGGUGGCCCCUCCACCGUACGUGCAGAUGUCGGACAUGGAGAAGAAGCAGAAGCUCCUUGUGGAAGAACAGGUGAUGUGGGAGCAAUACAGAAGGAACGGAAUGCAAGGACACGUUGGACUGUCGAAAGUAGAAACGUAUCCGUACAAUCAAGGAGGGUGGUAUACUCAUGGUUAUUGAAGCUUCAAAAUUGUUCAGUGUGGAUCGUAAUUGUGUAACCAAAGUGGGAACAUUAUGU